AUGGUUCGUCAUAAUAACGAAAUUAGUAACAACCAUUUUCACAAGGAUUGGCAACGAUUCGUCCGAUUGCAUUUCGAUCAACCAAUGCAAAAAAUCAGACGACGCAAUUUACGAGUAAAGAAAGCAAAUCGAUCAGCGCCUAGGCCGAUCAGGAAGCUACGUCCCUUGACGCAUUGUCCUACGAUCAGGUACAACACAAAGAUGCGACUAGGCCGAGGAUUCAAUUACCAGGAAUUGCGAGCUGUCAACUUGCAUCCAAACUACGCUAUGACAAUUGGCAUUUCCGUGGACAAACGCAGGCGGUAUUCCGCAAAUAUAGAAGCCAACGUGAGGAGAUUGAAGAAGUACCUCAGCAAACUGAUCGUUUUGCCUGAUGGAAGGGCGGAAAAAGAGCAACUUGCGAGGACAGCCGAGGAUAUAUUUCCCAAAAGACGUGCUUCUGUUCCAAAAGCCAUGGAUUUGGAAAAAGCCAAGUUGUUGGCUUACGAGACUAAGCAAGUCAGGUUGGAUAUAAAGAAGGAGAAGAAAAGGAAGGCCAAGAAAAACAAGAUCGAGGAUAAUAUUAUUUAA